AUGGCGUCGGGGUGCCGGAUCGGGCCGUCCAUCCUCAACAGCGACCUGGCGGCGCUGGGCGCGGAGUGCAGCCGCAUGCUGGACUGCGGCGCCGACUACCUCCACCUGGAUGUAAUGGACGGACACUUCGUCCCGAACAUCACAUUCGGCCACCCUGUCGUGGAGAGCCUGCGCAAGCAGCUGGGCCAGGAGCCCUUCUUCGAUAUGCACAUGAUGGUCGCCAGACCAGAGCAGUGGGUGAAACCGAUGGCGGUCGCCGGCGCAAACCAGUACACCUUCCAUCUAGAGGCUACCGACAACCCGGGGGCGCUGAUCAAAGACAUUCGGGAGAACGGGAUGAAGUCCUGUCCCUGCUGCCAUCCUAAGGUGCAGCUGGGCUUUGUCUUGCCUCUCCUGCAGGUCGGCUUGGCAAUCAAGCCUGCCACUACCGUUGACCAGUUGGCCCCUUGGGCCAAUCAGAUAGACAUGGCCUUGGUGAUGACAGUAGAACCUGGUUUCGGAGGGCAGAAAUUCAUGGAAGACAUGAUGCCAAAGGUUCAGUGGCUGAGGACACAGUUUCCCUCACUGGAUAUUGAAGUGGAUGGAGGAGUGGGGCCUGAUACCAUCCAUAAGUGUGCAGAGGCAGGUGCAAAUAUGAUUGUCUCUGGCAGUGCCAUUAUGAAGAGUGCAGAUCCCAGGUCCGUCAUCAAUCUCCUAAGGAAUGUGUGUUCAGAAGCAGCUCAGAAGCGCUGCCUGGACCGGUGAGACCUUGCCCAAGCAGUGUCCCAGGAGGCCCUGUGUGUGCAGGAGAGUCCUCCUUUCUCCUGUGUGAAAGGAGGGCUGGAGGAAUUACAGGAACUUGUUGCUGCUGAACAGAGGAAUCAUUCCUGCGCUGCAAUAAAGCAAGCAGCAGAGGAAACAAACCAGACCCUUGUGGGGCUGUCUUUCAGGGUUGGAAAUGCAAUGGUGUGAACCUGUCUCUUGAUUCUCUGGAGGCUAAUUUUUACAGCACAACCUGUAACACUGGCUGGCUGGAACUAAACUGCAGUCAGGUGGUUUUUUUUUUCUUGCUUGCUA